GAGCCACGGCUUAAGUUUAUCCAGCUUCGAGCUAAUUAAGAGUGUGUCUCCUUUGGAACUGUUCGGUGUCGAGGGCAAAAAAAAAUAAAUCCCUUUCGCGGGUUUUUAAUUUAAAAAAAAAACCGUGUCCGUGAGACUGACACUCUGUGGGUGUGUGCUCCUUUACUUAUGAAUCAUUUGCCGUUCCUGCCUCCAAGACUGGAUUCUGUUGACAUGCAGUCUUCUAGAAUUCCAGGUCGAAAAAGAGGAAGACCUCCGCUCCAUUCCAGCCCUAUGAAAAUGGCAGUUCAUAAUCUUUACUCUUCAUCUCCCAGUUCUCUGCCAGCUGUGAAAAUCCCCAAGAAGCGAGGGCGAAAACCAGGAUAUAAGCUGAAAUCUCGUGUUCUAAUGACUCCUUUAGCAAUCUCCCCACCAAGAAGCACCCCAGAACCUGACAUCAGUUCAAUCCCCCAGGAUGCGGCUACAAUCCCCAACUCGGCAGCACCGCAAGCCCUCACAGUCUGCCUUUAUGUCAACAAGCAAGCGAAUGUGGGGCCGUACCUUGAGCGAAAGAGAGUACAGCAACUCCCAGAUCAUUUUGGACCUGAACGACCUUCCAUAGUGCUACAGCAGACAGUUCAGGCAUGCAUUGAUUGUGCCCACCAGCAAAAGACUGUCUUCUCGCUUGUCAAGCAGGGCUAUGGCGCUGAAAUGGUGUCAGUUUCUGCCUCUUUUGAAGGAAAACAGCACCUCUUGAGUCUCCCAGUAGUGAACAGUAUUGGUUACGUUUUGCGAUUCCUCAAAAAGCUUUGCCGUAACUUAUUAUGCGACAAUCUUUUUAGCAACCAGCCUUUUCCACAAUAUAACACUUCUGAAAACCCAGAAGGGUAUGAAAAUGGACAGAUGGAAUCAGCAGAAACAGUUAUACCUGAAGAUUAUCUGGUUGAUCCACUGGCUACAAAGCAUUACAGCAUCGAUCCCUCGGAUUCAGCAUUUAAUUGCAUGGGAUCAUUGUACUCUAUGAGACAGAGUUCUGGAGAGGGACGGCACGGUGGAGGGUCCUCUUCCUCCUGCAGUCAUCGCUCUGCUCAAGUGGCUUCGGGAGGCCCAUCAACCGCUACCCUGAGGCAUCAAACAUCAAGCCCAACCAGAAACGGAACCAUUCUGGAAGGAAACAGAAAUGCCUCCAGUCCAUCUCCAGAAAGACAGGAUGCCACAAGACCCACAAGCAAAAAUCCUUUGACCUGGACUGUUGAUGACGUGGUAUGGUUCGUUAAAGAUGCGGAUCCUCAUGCUUUAGGACCUCACGUGGAACUCUUCAGGAAACACGAGAUUGAUGGCAAUGCUCUCUUGCUACUGAAAAGCGACAUGAUCAUGAAAUAUUUGGGUCUGAAGCUGGGACCGGCACUCAAACUCUGUUAUCACAUCGAUAAAUUGAAACAAGCCAAGUUCUGAUGCUUUUUUAAAAGACCAAACAAUUCCAAUAUAAAUCAAGGAAGUAGAUGAAAGGUAACAAGUUGCCUUAUGGAAAAAUAAUCCAUUUUCAAGCUGCUUCUCCUCUGUUUUGUACUGAGAACUUGGCCUUUCUAAAAGUCUUCAUCUUCACCAUUUUUGCUGAUUUGUGUGAAUACUUUUCCAAAAAAGUAUACAAUUAUAAUUAUUUUGUAUUAUUCAUAUUGUUAUUGUUAAUAUUAUUAUUAUUAUUAAGUCCUAUUUUUGUAAUCAUAAAAGAAAAAUUGUACGCCAAAAGAUCUUCCCUACUUUUUAGAAAAGAAGAAAUUUGAAAAGCUUUAGGAAAUUUUUUUCUGAGCUGCUUCACUUAAGUCUGGCCAUUGCAUCUGGCCAUAUCAGGUGACUCGUCUUAUGAAUUUGCUAUCAGAGUCAAAGCACUCUCAUAUCACCUCAAACAGAGUGGUUUUUAAUUGGAAUCAAUGAAUGCAUUUAGCUGCCAAUCAUCAAUUGUAGUCUAGCAACAUUCAUGCAUCUGCAAACAAACUCCUAAUCUAAUUCUUUUGUGUAACCACACAUGCAUUCCUUUAACAGGAGACCCAUCUAUAUUUUGCCCAGUGACCUGGGAGGAUCACAGAAUAUUCUGGGAAUAUGAAGAUAAAAAUUGUGCAUUUGCUUGGACAUACACUGUGAAUUUAAUCAUGUUUUCAUGGCAUUCAGCCUGUAAAGUGACUGAACAGCUAACUGUUUGCUGUUCCCCAGGUUUUUUCUUGCUACCCUGAAUCAUAUGCUUUCCUACAUAGUCAUCAGCAUGAAGGUCUAAGUAAUGUGAUUUUGGAUAGCCAGGAGCAUAUUGGCAACAGACUGUUUUAUAACAUGAUAAGUAUACAAUAUCAUACCAUUUGAAAACAAUGAGGAAAUAUCCCUUCUCUAGUUUGCCCCCGAAGUCUAGUACGUAAUGUAGAAACCCA